GGGCAAGCAGCGAUCAACUCGUAGCUGUUCACAUUUUUGUUUUGUCGCUCGUACGCCGGACGCUCGGUUCGUUAUUAUUUUUUUUUUUUGCCACUUUCCGUCCUUUACGCGCGCUGUAGGUGUAGACGGAAAACCUGAAGGAAAUUGCGCUACCAUUAGCGCGCUUGAAGCACCAGUACUUUCGAAACGUGCAAUAUACGGCAGCGAAGCUUUUAGUUUUCAUAACUCGUGGCCGGUCAAAGUAAGCUGAAAAAUCGAUAACUUUGACGACCUGUGGCUACUCUCUGGGCACGCAGUACGCAGUGUUGCCUUCGCCGAUCGAACGUGGCCAUCGACGGUGUGUCAGCAGCAAGCGCAUCCAGCUUCAGCAUGUCGCAGAUGGGGCGCGCCGUGAAAAAUCUUGAACCUGCUCGACCACUGAAAUCGACGCUAAAGCAGUCGCAUGUCCAUUUGCCUGUCUAUGAAGUGCAAUCCAUCGAAGAGCUUAUUUCACUGACAGAAAAUGUAGCCGCAAGCCUGGCGAACGGGUGCAACAAUGCGGACGGCAUGAAUGCACUGCUUGCUAACCUGCGACUCCACGGGCCGCAGCUAGAGAACGUUUCGAAAGACACGCUGGACCGUGCGUUUGUUAUUUUUCGAAAUGCGUCCCAAGAUGAGCGGUUGAACAUAAUGACACGAUUGAACCUUCUGGAGCUGAUAGAGCUGCGUGCCAAAUCCUGGCAGGUGUCUGACGGUACAAAUACGUACUACAAACACAAAGCUACUAAUGUGGAGCCCGACGUUUUGGCCGAUUCUAGCCUGCUAGGUUCCUCCCCUCCGCUCGGUCAGAUGGUACCGGCAUUAGCUCCGGGUGAGCUCAUUCGAACAUCCGGCAAGUUCCCGAAACCUACCAAAAUUCCCGGCAAAACCUACUGCAAGGAUGAGAUCGUCAUACGCAAUGCCGAUUCGGGCAAAGUAAUGGGAAUCAAGGGACGUAGAGUUCAUAUGAUUGAGGAACUGUCGGAAACUGUUAUAUCGUUCCAAAGAGUGGCUACCGGAGCCAAAGAGCGACUGGUGCAAAUCACGGGCCCGAACGAAGAUAAGAUCAACUAUGCCAAACAGUUGAUCGAAGAUACCAUCCGUCGGAACGCUUCGCCCGUACGUUUGGACAACUCGCAGGAUGGGUCCUGUAGUUCUCUGGCGUCAUCUGCUUCAGAUGAAACGGUCCCGAGAAAGGACACAGGAUCCUCCAACACACGAAACUCACUGGUUGGCGGAAUGGUGGACAUUGCCGGCAGCGGUACAAAUGGUAUGGCCUUCAUGGGGAACCAGCACUCCAUGCAACCGGCGACGGCGACCGGUUCGCUCAGCCUGAAUCUCAGCGGCUAUUCACAAACGCAGCCAUCAUCCUACACCCAUCCGAAGCUGUCGCGAAAUGGGUCGCAAAACAAUGGCCAGCGGAACAGCAAUGCCGGUAUGCUGCUCCACAGUUUCUCUUCCAACGAUGCGUCGCUUGGCGAGUACAAGUACACCGUCAAUGUGGGCCAACACAAUCUGAAAAUUACCGGAGAUUGCUUGGAGCUAGUAAAGGUGGCCAAAUUAGUCCUCGAUGACUAUUUUAGCAGCAACGAAUUCCUGGCGUCGGUAGAUAUGUGUACAAGCUUUGAUCUACCGAACUCACUCUCGUCUCCCGUGGGCAUCGUGCCCGGACCACACUCGCUGAUCACUGGUUCACCCUUCGUGGAUAGUGGCGUUGGACUGAACACGAUUGGAGCAAGCGUUGGCGAGUUGGGAAACUACUUGGAACCGGACGAUGAUGUGUUUAUCGUCGAACCUGGGGCGACCCUUAAGGCAAACGAUGUUCAGAAUAACAACGUCAUCGGAGCCGGCGCAAACAAUGGAUUGAGUCGAUCCCGCCGAAGCCACUUCUCUCGUAAGGACAGUGCCGGAGACGGGCUGAAGGACGCAUCGUCGGCAGCCGCCAGCAAGUCGGAUUCGAAUCCGGUGAAACGAAUCGAAUAUGAACGGCUGAUUUACUACUCGAAGUCUCCCUACUCGUGGGAACUACCAGCUGACUGGAAGCGUAUAUGUGAAAUUCUUCCUUAUUUGGCAAAAAAUAAGGAUAUCGAAAAUCAAAAAAGCCGUUUUAACGGCGACCAAUUUUUGGAAAUGAAAAAGCAAACAGCGAAGGAAGUGUUGCAGGGCAACAACCUAGCCGACGGCGAAGGAGAAGGUGAUGUGCCAACCACUGGUGGCGAAGGAACCAGUGUAUCAACCGGUGGCACCGAGGAUAAAGGAGUCGCGGUCAUCACGACGACGCAAGUCGAAAAAGUCGCUGCUUAAGAUCCGCGAGAUACCUACCGAAAUGGGGGUAUACGAUGCGAUGUGACUGUUUUCGAAUAUUUACGACGAAGGUGACGAAUAAGUAACCACUCAUUAUAUCCUAAUCAUACGGCAUUCGCUAACACAUACAAACCAACAUGGAUAGCGCACUUCCUUUAAGCCUUUCGAACGACGAUAUUAUUUAGCUGCUAACCGAUCAUCAACUAACUCACUAUUAAUCUAAAGGAAAUUAAACGUUUCAUAUUUGAUUUGACCAUCAAUUCUACUUUUGAUAAGCUCAUUAGAUUAGCACUCAGAAGCUCUAAAUCAUGCAACUGUUCCUGCCUGUUGGUGGGGGACAAUAUAAUCAACAACAGCGAGAGGUUGCAAGGCAAGCUCAACCGAUCGUACCGGUGCUCCCCCGAGUCGACCGGCUUUACCCCGGCCGUUGGAUUUCGGGAGACAUCGUGUGACCACCGGUGGUAAGAUAACGUGUUUUAUGAACUCGUAUAGUGGAGUGAUAUUUUUGAAAUGUGGUUUUAUUUACCAAAAAGAUGCAAAGCGAAAGGAGAAUGUAAUAUGCAACAAAUGGUGAUACAGCGCAGCGUAACUCGUACUGACACUAUAUAAUCUAUUUAUCCUUCUGCUGAAAGGAAGGACAUUCUUAAGUUACGAACCUACUCAUCAAUGUUAGAGAUACAUGUUUCACAUAACAAACCGUUGAUGUGUAUUAUUAAUUUUCUAGUCUCAGAGAAAGGGAAAAAAGAUACGAUCUUACGUUGAGCACAUUAGCUUACUGGCCACAGCGGAACCGACUAGCUGCUAAUGCAUGGUGUAUGCAGGCUUUACGAAUUUCGGUUCCUAGUUUCAAACGACCAUCAAAAUGAGGACUGUUGAAUGGAAUUGAUUGAAUUUUUGCUUCGUUUUUCUUUCGACACCUUCGUGGUGGAGUCAAACUUUUUUUUUAUUUAUUAAUAAUUUAUAUAUUUAUUAUUUACUCAAAGUUUUUGUUACUACCAUUGUUCCGUUUUUUCAUACAUUUACUCUGCCGAUAUGCACCGCGCUAUUGAAUUAAGCGGAUAAAGGACUAAAUAUGUUUUGCGAAAAACAUAUCAAUAUGGACUUUUACUUUCACGAACAGAACGGAGGCAGAUCCGAUAAAGUUUGAAUAUGAAAUAUAUUUUACUUAUCACUACUCAAAUGUAUUCUAACGAAAAAAAAACAUGGAUAAUAAAAACAUUUUCU